CACUCGCUCCUCCGAAUCCCUAAUCUUCUCCCAGUCUCUCCUCUGUCAAGUGUCAAACGCCAUAACCGCAGUCCACUCCUUUCUCCAGCAUCACUCCCAUCUUUUCACUGCGGCUGCUGCUAUGUCUUCUCUUUCCACCGUCGCUGUUGCUAUGUAAUGUCGUUGUGACCUGUGACCUCGUCGCCGAUCUGUUCUCCUCUGUUGUUACCGCUGUUGUGCUCUCUGCUUCCCCAUUAUCGGUGCUUUAAUUAGCUUCUGAAAUUUCCAUCUGUGACCAGUCCAGUGGUAAGACUUUGGGGACUUCCAGCUUUCAUCACAUUUGGUGACUUUUGAAUGCCAAUAUUUAUAGCACAUGCUGACAAAUGAGGCCAAUUCCUAUAGCUACUGGAAAGCAAACAAAAGCAUCAGGAAGAAGGAUAUAGUGACACGUGUAGCUCCAUUUCUGGAUUUUAAGGAGAUAAUAAAAAAGAAAAAGAUUUGUUGGAUGAGGCACAAGUAGAACCAGGGGUUUGAUCUGGUGGUUGUUCUGAAAAUUAAAAAUUAAGAAAUAUAUAUGUAGAAAGAGUGAGUGAGGCGAAGAUUUGAAAGCUUAACUGUAACCAACUUAUUACUCAAAAGAAAAUGCAAGGUAGAUCCCCAGACCAGGAAUCUGUAGGGUCUGGGACAAAGAGGUCUAGUGUGUCAUCCGGAAGUAGGCCUCGGAGUCAAAAGGAGUUCUUCUACAAAUUUGUUGAAAGUGAUGGCUUGACUGCUAAACUUGUAGACUGGUUUGAAUCGCUUACAGAAAAGUGUGCAUUGAAAAGGGAAGCAUUUGACGUUCCAUUUGAAUUGAUUGACCUUCAAAAAUUUGAUUAUGCGUUGGAAGGGAUUUCAUUUCAGCAGAUGAUUCGCAUGCCUAAUGCUGUUCAUGCUUCCACAUCUGAUGCUGUUGAAGCUACAGCUUACCUUGCUAUUGAAGAUUUUCUACAUGCAAGUGUAAAGGGCUUGUGGGAGGCAUUUUGGAGUCAGGAUGAGCCCAUGCCUUUUUCUGUAGCAUGCCUGUAUAAUUCUAACUUGAAGUUUUAUCAGGCAGAAAAAGCUAUUGCUAGUGGGAGGCUUGGAAGUCUCUCCGCCACUGGUAUAUUGCUCAAUAAUCCGAGACAUCCUCAUGGAAAAUGGGAUCAUGUUCUUGAAUUGGCACUUCUAAGGUCUGAUAUCAGAGGUCUCACUGUUGGCAGUGAUCGACGGCCUUCGCCAUCAGUUUUAGGAGAUGCUUUGUUUUAUGCUCUUCGAAUGCUAUUGGCAAGGAGUUUGAGUGGACUUUCUUUCUUUCCAGAUCCUAGCAUGGUCUUUGUUCUUCUGGUUGAUUCUCAAUAUGGGGGAGUGGUUAAGGUUGAAGGAGAUGUAAAUAAGCUCAAUUUUGAUGUGAAUAAUGUUUAUGAAUGUGCUGCUGAAUGGGUGAAAAAUCAUUCAAGAAUUUCUGUUUCUCCAAUUGAUAGGAUAUGGAACAAACUUGGAAAUGCUAACUGGGGGGAUAUAGGUGCUUUACAGGUACUGUUUGCAACCUUCCACUGCAUUAUGCAGUACGCUGGAAUGCCCAAGCACUCGAUUGAGGAUUUGGCUGCUGAUCAUAGUUCACGCCUCCAAACCAGAAGGGUUGAGAGGCAAUUAGGAGAAAAUAAUGUGAAUGGAAAUGGUCUAUUCCGAUACCAGCAACGUAGUGUUUCCCCUGAAAUUGUUGAAGUUCAGGAGGAUUCUGUCAAAGUCAAUUCCAGAGAGCCAAUGAAAUUAGAAGCUGGAUCCAUGUUAUGGCUGGAGGACUCAGAUUGGCAGAAGGGUUACCAAAUAAAAGAGGUAAUAAGUACUGGUGAAUUGACAUACUACAUUGCAUCAUAUGUUGAAGACCCAGGAAAAAAUCUGUUCCUAUACGUGGGCUCUCAUCCCUCCCAGCUGGAACCAGCAUGGGAAGAUAUGAAUUUAUGGUAUCAGGUUCAGAGGCAGACCAAAGUAAUGACAAUAAUGAAGCAGAAAGGUCUUUCAAGUAAAUAUUUACCUGAGCUUAGUGCCUCUGGCAGGAUCAUACACCCAGGCCAGUGUCAAAGGCCCAGCUCGGGUGGAAAUUGUGACCACCCUUGGUGUGGGACCCCUAUUCUUGUGACAAGUCCAGUUGGCGAAACAGUAGCUGAGAUGGUACACACAGGCCAGUUUGGUUCAGAUGAGGCUAUCAAAUGUUGUCAUGAUUGCUUAUCAGCACUUUCAGCUGCUGCCUCUGCUGGAAUUCGGCAUGGAGACAUCCGGCCUGAGAAUGUCAUUUGUGUAAAAUCUGGUGCUAGACAUCCUUAUUUUGUGCUGAUUGGAUGGGGCCAUGCUAUUCUUGAAGAUAGGGAUCGUCCUGCUAUGAAUCUUCAUUUCUCAUCUACUUAUGCACUUCAGGAAGGAAAGCUAUGCUCUGCUUCCGACGCAGAAAGCCUUGUUUAUAUGCUUUAUUAUUCUUGUGGUGGGGUUUUUCCCGAGUUAGAUUCAGUUGAGGGAGCACUCCAAUGGAGAGAGACAUCUUGGUCAAGGAGAUUAAUUCAACAGAAACUUGGCGAUAUCUCUACUGUGCUAAAAGCUUUUGCCGAUUAUGUCGACAGCCUAUGUGGUACACCAUAUCCCAUGGACUAUGACAUAUGGCUGAGAAGGUUGAGGCGAAAUAUUCACCAAGAAGAUCAUGGAAAGGAAAUUGAUGCAACAGGCUAGACCUCUAAAACUAAGUUCUAUUCCAGAAAGAGAAAACUCUAGAUCAUCCAUCUUAAAGGUGUUUCUUGUCUGGGGCAAAUAAAGCAUGGAAUGGUACACUCUCUGGUGCUCACAAUUUAUAUUGGUUCUGGGAAAUGGUUAGUUUGUGGUCCAUGAAAGGAGCAUGCUAAUGAUUCUUCCUGUUGCUAUCGGUUCCGCUGGUCUAGCUUAUGUAAAUCUGUAGACUACUUGAUUGGUGGUGUCUUUGGGUAUAUGAAGAAUAGUCAUUCCUUCAUUUUGAGGAGUCAAAACACCACUUUUAACAGUUUUCUUUUCCUGCCAUUUUUGUUGUGGGGAGUUUAGUUUCUCAUCAAAGUAAGUUGUAUUGAUAACAUCAAUCAUUCGUUUGUAAAGAUAAUAGGUAUUGUGGAGUUCGCUGCUCUUCUGAUUACAUUUUUAUAAGGCAUAUAAUGAUAUCUUGUAAAUCAGUGUUCUAGUUGGGACAUUCACUUUCAUUUUUUGAAACUUUCCUGCUGUUGAUGGCAAAAGGGUACAUUUAUAUUCUAGCUUGAUAGAUACAGUUGAUGUGCUACCA